UUAGAAAAAGCACCUCACUGACACCGAACUGAGCCGUGCCGCGCAACCGGAUCACCUCCCCUAUGCCAAUCCACUCCGCUCCGGGCCUGUCGUUCCAUGCGCAGCCCCAGCAGUCAGAAUGGUAUGAUGCGAAGUGGCUCCUAACACCUCAAGGAACAAAAGUCUUGUAGAAGUGGCAAUCGCAGACGUCGAUGCCACCAGGGCCGCCUCCAAUGCCCCAUCCCUCAGGAUGUCCCAGCUGUCCUCCACCUUGAAGCGCUAUGACUCAUCCCGCUACUCGGAGAGCUCCUACGGCAAGGCCCCCUCCAGCUACGGCGCCUACUCCUCGUACAGCUCCAAUCUCUCCUCCUCGUACCCGGACAAGGAGAAAGUUGGCUAUAAGCCAGGCUCGACUUCCAGCUACUUCACCUCUAGUCACUUGAGGACUUCGGGGGCGACCACCUCCUCCUCUUCCUUGAACUAUGACGGGGGCGGGCGCCUGCUCCAUCACCCCGACUCCAGCACCAGACUGAGCCCUGGUUACAGCCGGGCCCCGGUGAGGCCCCCCGGCAGCGGAGGGCUGAGUGGCGGGGGUAGCUACUCCUUCGGCAGCACGCCCUCCACCAGCUACGGCACCACGCUGGGCCGCAAGAAAUCCAGCAGCCAUUCGGACCUGGCGCGAGACUUGUCCGGCAUACACUUGUCCGACUCGUACCGGGUCGACUCCACUGCCCGUGGCUCCCUCGCCGCCCGGAACCGGCAGGAGUUGUGCACCCUGCAGGGCGUCUACCAGCAGGCCAGCAGGCACUCAGAUUUCGUCAAGGAUUACCUGGAGACCUGCAACCGCAAGGGGGGGCGCUCGCCUGCCAGUCUCCACGGCAACAGCCCCGAGGUCAUUACCCCCACCCUGCGGCCCAUCAGCAAUUGCUCCCUUCAGCAGUGGGAACGGACAGAGAGCCGGACCGACCUCCUGGCCAGGGAGUCUUCGAAUUCCAAGGCAGUUCAAGGUCUGACCGGCCUCCGUAACCUCGGCAACACGUGCUUUAUGAACUCCAUCCUUCAGUGUCUGAGCAACACGAAAGAACUUCGGGAUUACUGCCUGCAAAGCCAGUACCUCCGAGACCUUAACAACAACAGCCGCAUGCAGAUGGCCCUUAUGGCAGAGUUUGCCAAGCUCAUCCAAAUGCUGUGGACAUCCUCGCCGAACGAGACCGUGAGUCCUUCCGAAUUCAAGACCCAGAUCCAGAGAUACGCUCCUCGCUUUGUCGGCUACAACCAGCAAGACGCCCAGGAGUUCUUACGGUUCCUUCUUGACGGACUUCACAGCGAAGUGAACCGGGUGUUGGUGCGCCCCAGGGCCAGCAGUGACAACCUGGACCAUCUCCCGGAUGACGAAAAAGGGAGGCAGCUGUGGAUGAAAUACCUGGACAGAGAAGACAGCCGGAUUGGGGAUCUCUUUGUGGGACAGCUGAAGAGCUCUCUGACCUGUGGGGCCUGCGGAUACUGUUCUACAGCCUUUGAUCCCUUCUGGGACCUGUCGCUGCCCAUCGCCAAGAAGAGCUACGGGGAGGUGAACUUAAUUGACUGCAUGCGGCUCUUCACCAAGGAAGACGUGCUGGAUGGAGACGAGAAGCCCACUUGCUGCCGCUGCAAAGCCAGGACAAAAUGCACAAAGAAGUUCAGCAUCCAGAGGUUCCCAAAGAUCCUCGUACUGCACCUGAAGCGUUUCUCCGAAGCCAGGAUGCGAUCCAGCAAGCUCACCACCUUCGUAAACUUCCCGCUCAAGGAUCUAGACCUGAGGGAGUUCGCUUCCCAAAGCUGCAAUCACGCGAUUUACAACUUGUAUGCCGUCUCCAACCACAGCGGGACCACCAUGGGGGGCCACUACACAGCCUACUGCAAGAACCCCGUGUCCGGAGAGUGGCACGCUUUCAACGACUCCCGCGUCACACCGCUCUCUUCCAGCCACGUCCGGAGCAGCGACGCCUACCUGCUUUUCUACGAGCUGGCCAGCCCGUCUUCGCGCAUGUAG